AUGGCAACGAACGUAACUAACGGCGUAAAGAUGGAGGACGGCGAGUACAUCAAGCUGGAUCCAGAUUCCUCGUCGCCAGCGCCUGUGCUAGACGACAUAGACGUCUACGAAGACACCGGCGAGCUCUCAAUCCCGCAAAACUUGACAAGGAAUGGGUGGUUGGCUCGAUUACCCGAAGAGCUUUGGGAGGUCCUAGAGAAAAUCAGGGACGACGAACCGGUUCAGAUAGGCACGCUGGCGGUAUGGCAGACGCUGACCAUCCCACAGAGCCGACUGAUGCUGAGCCCAUCACUGUCCAUGCCUGCCAACCUGGAGAGGGAAUACGAAAUGCGGUUGACCAACGCAGCGUCCAGAAACACCUAUGUCUUCUCCGAAAAGGACCAGGCCGACUUUAAAGCCGGUGUCUACCGUCGUGGUCCAAAACCAGGCUAUCCACGCACCCAAGAUCCCAACAACAGGGUCGACAAGAAAAGGCAUGGUCGGACUAUCAUACCAAAAUCCACCGCCCUCGCCAGCGCAGUCCACCACGAACUAGCCGCCAUCCCCAUCCGCGACCCCUCGAAAGCGCCCGUACCCCCCCGCGCCCGCGCCCAAAAGAUGGAAAUCCACGACCUCCGCGACGAAAAAGCAAUCAAGCAAUCCGUCGCCCGCCGCGCCGACGCCUUCGAGAACAUCGCGCAAGCCUCCAAGAUCCGCAAGCGGCGCCCCCAGGACAACAAAGCCGUGCGCAUCGGCGAGACGGAGCUGAUCAACAUGAUCUUCGACGCGUUCAAGGAGUUCCAGUACUGGAGCCUCAAGGCGCUGCGGGAUAGGACGAAGCAGCCGGAGUCGUAUCUUAAGGAGACGCUGGAUCAGAUCGCGGUCAUGGUACGCGGGGGCGCGUUUACGAAUCUGUGGAUGUUGAAGCCGGAGAAUAGGGAUUCGGUGUAUGGGAAUUUGGAGCCGCCUAAGGAGGCUGCACCGGAGGCUGAGGGUGUCGGAACGGACCAGGAAGGCGAGGGCGAGUUUGAGGAUGAUGUGGAUCUUGGGGAUGAUGAUGACGAGAUGGUGGAUGUUCUCCCUGCUUGA